AUGGAGAGGCGAAUGGAGAGGCUUGGCCAAUCACAACAGUGCUCCACCACCCCUUCUGCUUCUGAUGAUGAGUGCCAUAAGAUGAGAAUUGCUGACUAUUUGGCGAGAAAGGUCGAGAAAAAAAGAGCAAAAGUUGCAAGAGAAAUGAGAUCAAAGUAUUCUGUUGAUGGUUCAAGCAAGCGUUUUGGAGAUUCUCAUAUCAAUGAAGUAUUUGUUUGGAGGAAAAAGAUUGAACGGGAUGUGAUGGAAGGGCGAAUAGAGGGUAACAUGUUAUCAUCAAAGGCAGAGAGGAAAAGGCAGAUAGAAAGGUUUGGUGAAGUGGAGAAGUUAAAGAAGAGGAGGGAAGAAAGGGAUAUUGCCAAAAGGAAACGUGAGGAAGAGAUGGCUUUGUUAGCUCGGGAGCGUGCUCGAUCCGAGGUCCAGGAAUGGGAGAAGAAGGAAGAAGUAUUUUUUUUAGCCCAAAGGAAGAUUAGGACAGAAAAACGGUUUUGCGAGGGCCGUCCAAAGCCAAUCGAUAUAUUGAUUAGGCUUCUUGAUUCAUGCUCAAAUGAUGACGAUUUGGAGAAGGAUAAAAAUGCAGAACCUAGCAUGGUGGAUUUUGAGGGUCUCAAUGUAGAAGAGUUGGAAAAACUUCGCGAGGAGAUAAAGUUGCAACUUUGCUUGGACAGGAAAACAAAAAUGCAUGUGGAGUAUUGGGAGACAGUUUUGGUUGUUUGUGAGGAUGCCUUGGAUCAUGCUAGAGUUUGUGGAGGGAGGGGAAUUCAUAGGAGUAUUGAAGCAGAUGUAGAAAGGUUUCUUGAAGGAAAAUCAUACAACCAAUUGGAAGAUAUAGAGUCCCAUAUUGAGUCUAAUAUGAGGUCUGGCAAUGCUCAGGAAGUUGAAUUUUGGGAAGCUGUUCUGAAGAGGCUCUGUGUAUUCAAGGCUAAGGCUCGUCUCAAAAGUAUCCAUGCCAAGGUGCUGCAUGAUCGAGGACAUAUCCAGCAGAAUAAGAAACCGUUGGAGGUUGGUGAUCGUAGUACUGAUAGACAAAGUAGUUCAGAGCUUGAUGAGGAGGCUUUAGGAUCAUAUCCACCAGAGUUGAUGAUUUACGAUGAUGAUGAUGAAAAUGGGGAAGCAAUUGAUACCAAGUACUUCACAAGAAAGCCAAAGUAUUUCAAUCUUGUUCAUACUGGCUACCGAUGGAACAAGUACAAUCAAACUCACUACGACCAUGAUAAUCCUCCGCCGAAGAUGGUGGUGGGAUACAAGUUCAACAUUUUCUAUCCAGAUCUUCUUGAUAAUAAAGCAAGAGCUCCUACUUAUUUGAUUGAGAAGGAUGCAGAUGGUAAUGACACUUGCAUAUUAAGGUUUCGUGCAGGGCCACCUUAUCAAGACAUAGCAUUUAGGAUAGCUAAUAAAGAGUGGGAGUAUUCACGAAAAAAGGGGUUUAAGUGCAACUUUGAAGGUGGCAUACUUCGUUUGUACUUUAACAUAAAAAGUUAUAGCUAUCGCAGGUGA